UCAUACUCCACCCCCCUCAAUUUUCUACUCUCUCUCUCUCUCUCUCUCUCUCUCUCUCUCUCUCUCAAAUCCCAAAAACAAAAUCCGAGAUCUCUCCUUCACUUCUCCUCCGCUCGAUCUUCUCUUCUCAAGCUGAUUCAACAGAUCUAAUCGAUUAGACGAUGUAACAGUUUUUCGAUCUGAAUUCUGUUGGAUUUUGUGACGGGUGGAGUGUUUUCUGCACUCGAUUAUGUAGUCGGAAUUUUCAGGUUCUUAUCCGAUGCUUCGAGGAUUUCAGGGAGGAGUAAUCAGUUUGAAUUCUGCUGGUUUUUUCAUUUGGGACUUUGUGCUUUGAAUUUUGCCAUGGAAGGUGGCAGUGAUCCGGAAGGGAGUCAGUUUCUGAGUUUGUUCGCUGCCUUUUCCUAUGGACUUGCUUCUAUGGCCAUGGUUUUUAUCAACAAGGCGGUUCUGAUGCAGUAUGCGUACUCAAUGACUCUUCUCACUCUGCAGCAACUGGCAACAACCCUGCUAAUACACUUUGGUCGAGUAAUGGGAUACACAAAAAUGAAAGAUAUAAACCUGCCAACUGCAAAGAAACUUCUCCCAGUUUCAAUAUUCUACAAUGCAAAUGUAGCAUUUGCUUUAGCUAGUUUGAAAGGGGUCAAUAUUCCUAUGUACAUUGCAUUGAAAAGGCUUACGCCACUUGCUGUCCUGGUAGCUGGAUAUUUUUCGGGGAAGGGGAGACCACCAACACAGGUAUCACUUUCAGUCAUGUUUACUGCCGUUGGGGUCCUAAUUGCAGCAUUGGGAGAUUUCUCUUUUGAUCUCUUUGGAUAUAGCAUGGCUCUCACUUCUGUUUUCUUCCAGACCAUGUACCUAGUUCUAGUGGAGAAAUCAAGUGCAGAGGAUGGGCUUUCGUCAGUUGAGCUGAUGUUCUACAAUGGAAUUUUAUCACUCCCUUUCCUGAUGUUCCUUAUCAUUGCUACAGGAGAGUUCCCAUAUUCUUUGUCUUUGUUACUUCAAAAGGCUAAUUCUUUAACAUUUUUGACGAUUCUUAUUCUUUCGCUGGUGAUGGGCAUCGUUCUCAACUACACCAUGUUCUUGUGCACCAUAGUUAAUUCGGCUCUCACCACUACCAUUGUUGGAGUUCUCAAGGGGGUUGGGUCCACGACCCUUGGAUUCAUCUUGCUGGGCGGUGUGCAAGUUCAUGCUCUGAAUGUGACUGGACUGGUUAUUAACACGGUUGGGGGUGUGUGGUAUUCGUGGGCUAAGUACCAGCAGAAAAAGAACAAGCCCCGCAAGAUAAUCUCCGACGAAGAGGCCCGUCACAAAUAAAUAACUGGCAUGAAGGUAUCCAGGAAUUUACCACAUGCUGCUCUUUUAUAGUAAUUUCCAUUUGAUUAGUUACCAUCAGCUCUUUAAGAUACGAAAGUGUAAUCUGCUAGUGAAAGAAAAAGGUGAAAAAAAAAGAACAAGAAGAAAAGAAAGGCAAUGAAACAUGGUCAUUUCCAUUGUUGAUAGGAAAAUUCACCACUGAAAUGAGACUAUGGGUAAUUUCUCAUCGUUUUAUCAUCAUUACUCAAAGGAACUCAUUGCCUGCUUCUAUGUGGAAGCUUCAGAAGUGCAA